GGAAUGAACAAAAAGCUAACUGCUGAAGCACGUGAGAGCCAGCAACUCUCACUCACUAUCAAAGGCAGGUUUUCAGAAGCACAGUACUAUUCUGACCGUCACUAAGUUAUAAGCAGUAACAGAUCUAGACGUAGCGCGCCAGUAUUAACAAAUUGAGUCAACUUCAGUCAGAAUGGGGACAGGUGCCAAAAACUACCAGCCACCGGAAUGGAUCAAUGCUGAAUUCUUGCAAGAUGUGUUGAAGGAAUAUUUCAAAGAUGAAACCAUAGAAGUGCAGGAGAUAGUGGUGAAAGACGCGUUGCUGACAGGUGAUAAUGGCAGUGGCUUUGCGAGCGAAAUGCAUCGGGUGACAUUUAAUUUGGCGCGGAAAGACGGUACCGGUCGCUUCUCGGUCAUAAUUAAAGAUCAUCCGAAAGGCUACACUGGGGUUGUUGCGCACAAAAGUAAAUUAUUUAAACGCGAAAUUCUGGCUUAUAAAGAAAUUCUGCCACGGGUGGAGGAGUUGCUGGCCUCCAUUGGUGACAAAACGAAAAUUGCGCCUGCAUGCUAUUAUACCACCGAAACACCUGAGCCCUUCCUUGUGCUGGAGGAUAUGCAACUAACGGGUUAUGAAAACUUUGAAAGAUGUCGUUUGCUUAAUCUAGACUAUACUCUGCCGACCAUCGAAAGGCUGGCAAAGUUACACGCUUGUUCCGCGGUCAUUGCCAAAGAUACACCGGAAAUCUUCGAAUUUUUUAAAGAAGCCCCCAUUUCCAGGAAUCCAGACCGCAAGGAAUUUCUUUCAUUCUUUCCUGUAAAUAUAAGAUGUAUUGCCGAGGAAUUGACACACUGGAAGGGUUAUGAAGAGAUCACAGAGAAAAUGUUCAAAUUGGCUGAAAAUGUGCUUCAAAAUGCACUUAAAAUGUAUGAGUCACAUGAUCAGGGCUUCCGAGUUUUUAACUUGGCCGAUUUGUGGAUUGACAACUUAAUGUUCCAUAUAAAUAAUGACACAAAGAAUCCCGAUGAUGUAGUCAUGUUAGACUUCCAGCUAUCUUACUACGGCUCACCGGCGGUGGAUCUAAAUUAUUUCCUUUUUGGUUCAUUAAAUGAGAAUGUGCGGAAAGUACAUUUUAAAUUCAUCGUGCGCGAAUAUCAUCGGAUAUUAAAAGAAACAUUAGAAAAGCUUCAAUAUGACGGUUAUAUACCAACGUUGAAGGACAUAAAUAUCGAGCUUAUUAAGAAUAGCCUUCAAGGUGUCAUCGCUGCCACAUGCCUCACACCACUUAUUUUCAUGGAGUCCACAGGAGAUGAGAAACUGGAGAAUCUUACCUCACGAACGGAAGAAGGCGAUGAAAUGAGACGACAAAAUGUUGAAAAUCCCAAAUAUCGGGCAUUUCUGCAGCGCACUGUCAAGGAGUUCGAGUUGUGCGGUUUUUUGGACAAUACAAAUGUAGCCCGAAGUGUUAAAAGACUAGCGCAACAUUAUGUUAUCAUUGUGCGGAAAAAUUUUACACUCUGGGAUUUAGUAUAUAAAGGUGUGUGCAUGAGAAAGCUUUACAAAAUUCAAAUGGCAUAUCAGAGGCUGAAUUCGCCUGAGUGGCUGACAGAGAAUUAUGUACAGGAGGCGUUACGUGUUCACCACAAGGAUCCCAGUCUUCACCUAUACUCCAUACACGCCCAACCGGCUAUGGGGAAGGGUGAGAAUUUUGGUGGAGUUUUGACUCGCGUCAUAGCAAAAUAUCAACUUAGCAGAAGCCAACAGCGACUCGAGAAGAGUUUAAUUGUGAAGACUUCUUACGAAAGCGAUCCUAUUGCAAGCGCUAUCAUGGCUCCUUAUGAUAUAUUCAAUCGUGAAAUGUCCAUUUAUGAGGAAGUGCUGCCUAAGUUAACUGCGCUGCUUCGCGAGAUCGAUGAUUCUGAUGAGUUGUUUUCUACAGCCAUCCAUGUAGAUCACAAACGCCAAUUGCUGAUUUUCGAGGAUCUCAAGGAGAAGGGCUUUAUCAUGGCGAAUCGCUUGCAAGGCCUAGAUAUGACACAUACAAAACUAAUAUUGCAGAAGUUGGCUAAAUUGCAUGCCACAUCGGCGGUGCUUAAUGAGCGUGAGAAUGGUUACUUGGAAAAAUACGAUCGCGGCUUCUUUAAUCGCUACACCGAUAAUUAUAGUACCUAUUUUGUUGGAUCCCUGUUGUUAUGUGCUGAGUUUAUAUUGAAAAAUAUGCCCGACCUUGCGUUCUAUGGGGAUAAACUAAAAAGACUGGCACCGCAUUACAUGGAAAUCGGAAAACGUUGCUUCACACCCACACCGGGGCAGGUAAAUGUGUUGGCCCAUGGCGAUGUCUGGAUCAACAAUGUUAUGUUCAAAUACGACCCGAAGACAGGUGAACCAGUAGAUGUGCGCAUCAUCGACUUUCAGUACUCAUUUUGGGGCUCGCCAGCACUAGAUCUGCACCAUCUCUUCAACACCUCGCUGCAAGAGCCAUUGCGCCUUCACAAACAGGAUAUACUAUUUCAGUAUUACCAUGGUAUUUUCAGCGAUGUGCUGAGAAGACUGAGCUAUAGUUCACUCCCAGUACCUUCGUUAAAUCAUUUCCGUCAACAAGUUGAACAGAAACGUUUUUUCGCUUUUCAUUCGGCGUGUGUCAUACAACCGGUGAUGAUAAAUGAAGACACAGCUGAUGCAGAUUUUAAUUCUUUGGUAGGCGAGGAUGAGCGUGCAAUUAAAUUCAAAUACAACUUGUACCGCAACAAGAAGGUUCAGAGAAACCUUUCCAACUUACUACCAGUAUUCCAUAGACGAGGACUUUUGGAAGUGAAUCAGACAGACUAACAAUUUCAACAUAGUACCUUAAAUAUAACUGAUAAUACCAAAAACGAAUCAUUACAAUAUAUUUACUACAGCUCUUACGGAGAAAAUCUGUUUUUUUUUUUUUAACUUAAGUAACCGAAGUCUUUCCACUUAGAAAAUAUUAACACAUUUAGUGUACUUGCAGCCGAUUCGAAUAAAAUACUUAUUAGGAAAAAAAGUUGUAAUUCAGCAGAUCGCACCAAAUGUUUUACUCAACAGCUGCAAAUGGAAUGACAUGGGAGCAUUUACACGACUUGUAAAACAGAUUUAAACAAUAAUAAUUUCAUUUAAUAUUUGUGAAAUGUGUUUGUAGCCAAAUGUUUAUUUCUCAAGGAAAUAAUGUGAUCUUAGCAAAAUUAUAAAUUGAUUUAAGUAACGAUGUUUUUGGAACACCACCUACAAGGGUGGUCCUUAAGUACAUAGUCUACAAAUUAUUUGAUUAUUUUGGAAAAAUAAAGGAUUUAUUUCUGGA